AUGUUGAAUAUUGAUGCUUAUGUGUAUGGUCUUUCAAAGCGCGUUUUAUGAGAUUUCGUUAUUUAUCUGGAGGUCAGAAUGGAUCAGAAAGCAGCGAGUUUUGUCCACUCACAGGCCGUAUCUAGGGACUACAUAUCGCAGCCCCGCAUCACUUACAAAACCGUUUCAGGAGUUAACGGGCCUCUAGUCAUACUUGAUGAUGUAAAGUUUCCUAAAUUUGAUGAGAUCGUGAGACUUACUCUUGCUGAUGGUAGUCAGCGAACAGGACAAGUUCUAGAAGUUAGUGGCAAAAGGGCCAUUGUACAGGUAUUCGAGGGUACUAGUGGUAUUGAUGCAAAGAACACUACAUGUGAAUUUACGGGAGAUAUCCUUCGUACACCUGUGUCGGAAGAUAUGCUGGGUCGUAUAUUCAAUGGUUCUGGUAAACCGAAAGACAAGGGUCCAGCAAUCCUUGCAGAAGAUUAUCUGGAUAUUCAGGGUCAACCUAUAAACCCAUGGUCACGCAUUUAUCCAGAAGAAAUGAUCCAAACUGGCAUAUCAAGCAUCGAUGUGAUGAAUUCAAUUGCACGUGGUCAAAAGAUCCCCAUAUUUUCUGCUUCUGGUCUACCACACGAUGAAAUCGCGGCCCAGAUAUGUCGUCAAGCUGGUCUAGUCAAGUUACCUGGGAAAAGCGUUAUAGACAGUGAUGUAGACAAUUUUGCCAUUGUAUUCGCAGCAAUGGGUGUUAAUAUGGAGACUGCUCGGUUUUUCAUGCAAGACUUUAAAGAAAAUGGUUCGAUGGAAAAUGUAUGUCUAUUCCUAAAUUUGGCGAAUGAUCCAACUAUCGAGCGCAUUAUAACACCACGCAUUGCUCUUACGACCGCUGAAUACUUGGCUUAUCAGUGCGAAAAACAUGUUCUGGUUAUCCUUACUGAUAUGAGCUCGUACGCAGAAGCAUUGCGUGAGGUAUCAGCAGCUCGUGAAGAAGUGCCAGGACGUCGUGGUUUCCCAGGCUAUAUGUACACUGAUCUGGCUUCGAUUUACGAGCGAGCUGGUCGAGUUGAAGGUCGAUCAGGAUCGAUUACUCAAAUUCCAAUUCUAACUAUGCCCAAUGAUGAUAUUACUCAUCCUAUUCCUGAUUUAACAGGAUAUAUUACAGAGGGUCAAAUUUAUGUUGAUCGUCAAUUACACAACAGACAGAUCUAUCCUCCAAUCAAUGUGUUACCAUCGUUGUCACGUUUGAUGAAAUCUGCUAUUGGUGUGAAUAUGACUCGUGAAGAUCAUUCUGAUGUAUCUAAUCAGUUGUAUGCAUGCUAUGCAAUAGGAAAAGAUGUUCAAGCAAUGAAAGCUGUUGUUGGUGAAGAAGCAUUAAGUCCGGAGGAUUUACUUUAUUUAGAAUUUCUGACAAAGUUUGAGAAAAAUUUCAUCUCUCAAGGUGCUUAUGAAAAUCGUAGUGUAUUCGACUCACUAGACAUUGGUUGGGAAUUAUUGCGUAUUUUCCCGAAAGAAUUGUUGAAACGAAUCCCAGCAAAAGUAUUGGAGAAAUACUAUCCUCGUUAAUUAUUGGUUGAUUGAUUUGCCCUGUUUAUCUUUGAUUGUGCGAAUGAAUUCCUGCUAUUAUGGCACUUGCGUUAUUAUUUAUUGAUAAAAGUGAACUCGGCCUAGUGUGUGCCGUUGUUUGCUUUUCUGUUUCCUAGUUAUUUCCCUUUCUGACAACCACAUUACUUAUAAUUUUUUUAAUAUCUCCAAUUUCAGGUACUACCAUGUUUGUUUUUUUAAUGGAGUAUCAUUAUUCAAUUAUGUUAAAUUUACUGUUGAAGUGUUCAUUUUAUUAUUUACAAAGUUUGUUACUUCACUCUUCUUCUCCUGUGCUAUAUUUUUCCUCUUUUGAUUUUUCCAAACAAUUUACUGCUCAUUAUUUCAUCUUUAUUAACUUGAUACACUUGUUAAAAAUCUUUCCACCAUUCCAUUUUUUUUGUGAAAUGAACUAAAUAGCAUAAUAUAAACACUCAUAGUUAAAAAUUCAUUGAAAUAGGAUUAUUAUUGGUUUGACAUAAGAAUUCAAUUUCCACUUACUUUUUUCAUUUGAUUUGAUUUUGUGUGUGUGCAUAACUUUUGAUUACAGAUAUUGAACAUUAAUAACAAUACCUAUUCAUUAGCAGUUAUGUUAUUUAAGAAUAUGUGUGUGUACUUGGCAUUACCGUAAGAAAUGAUACUUGUUCCGCCGUACUGGACAGAAUGUGACUUGUAAUAAAUAGAUUGUCUGACAUUGAUAUAUAUAUCAUGUAGCACAUUUUAUUUAUCUGAAUUCAGUUCAUAAUGGCAUAGCACAAACUUCUGUAAAAUCUCAUACAAAGAACAAAACAGAUAUCCGAUGCUUCCUGCUUUUUUCGCUCAUCGUCCAGCUAAGUUACCAACCGCUUAUGGCCUCCUAGUAUACUGGUUGAUUCAGCCUAAAGCGAUAGAUACAUUGGCUAAAUUUUUGUUUCUUUUUAAAAAAAUAACUCAAAUAAAUAAAUGUAUAUAAAUGAUAAACAGUUCAUGCAUAUCAAAUGGUAAACUAUAGAAUAUCGAUUUCAUCUUCU